AUGGCUCGUGUGUACUCCUCCAGCGGCCGCUUGACGUUUGCUGCCGCCUCCGCUUUGUGGGUGUGGGCUGCCUGCACGGCCUUCGUGUCUUCCGGCAACGGAGUGAAGGGACUGCGCGGUGUGGAGCGCAACUCCCACGCCGAGUAUGCCCCCUUCCCAACAAGCCAGGAGACGGGCGAACCUGGCGCCCGCAGCAGCCUGACGUCUGGACUUCAAGCGGUGCUUUUGGCAGGGGUAUUUGGAUUGGUUGUGGGUCUUGCCCCGGUUCGGGCAGAGGAGGCUGCCGCUCCGGCAGAGGCACCUGCAGCGCCAUCGGGCGCUGAUGUGACGGAGAUCCUCUCCAACCAGCUGAAGAACAAGGAUGCUGGCCGUACUGCAGGAGUGAGCCGAUCCAAGGCAAGGAAGACCCUUCAGAAGAAGACGUCAUCGGUGGCAGAGUCUACUUCCAAGGUUGGCGUCAGUGUUUCUCAGGACCCAGAGACUGGCAAGAAGAAGCGAGUCAUCUUCUCUCCUGCAGACGAGUUGGAUGAGGAUGAGCUGUCCCCGACUCGCCCGAACCAGCCUUUGCUCGCCCUGAUCUUCGCCACCCCUGUGACGAUCUACCUGACCUUCUAUGUGCUGGGUUCCCUCAACAUCAUCUGA